GUUCUGCUGAUGGAGACAUUUGUGGCUAAUCAGCCUUGUUAGAUCUCCAAUAGAGCUAGUGGCCCACUUGCCAAAGCCUGGGCCCUGAAUAUGUCUUAGUCCUGCAUCUACUUUCUCAUGUUACCCCCAUCUUCAUCUCUCUCAGACUUUCCUUUGAACCAACUAGUAGCUUAGUGAACAAUUAGUCCACUACAACAAUGUAACCCUAGGUUAAAUUACCUGGACGCAUAGCCGCAAGGACGUUCCUAUAAAGGCGUAAAAAUAUCCAGAGGACAGGGUUUGCUUAUGCUCAAUUCUUCGAUCCUACCAAGACGAUAAAGAACCCCAUCAUGAAAUCCUUUAAUUUCCUUUGGUUGUUGGCUGCUGGCCUUAUUACUCAGGUAUGUUCGAGCGGUGGCUUGUUUACCUUAAGCUUGCACUAUUUUGUCUAACCCUUCAUCAGGUGCAAGCCGAUGAGUCCCCCAUUGAGGGAUAUAGCAUUGAGGAGUUCUCAUGGGAAGUCGAGACGACCCCCGGCGGGCCAACGGUCGUUCUGAAUGGCACCGUCGAGAAAGUCCUGUCUCAACUGCGCGAGAUCAACCCUAACUACGAAGCCGAGUUCGCCACCGUUGUCCCUGAGAGUGACCAUCCUGCCGAACACACUGCGGAGGAAGAAGACACUUCAUCGCACUUGGCCAAGCGUGGCGAUGUUGUCUGUGGCAAAUUCCCCUCUGCGUAUGAGAGCGAUAUCGACCGAGGCAUCAAGUACUUGAGAAGUGUUCCUGGCAAGCCUCAGAGAGGACCUGGCCCUGGCAGCUGUGGUCAGGUCAGCUGUUCCUGGUCAUCGGCUAUUUGGUGGUGUAAUGAUAAUACCUUUACCAAAGUCCUACCCAGCUUCAACAACAUUGCCGACGGCGCGCAACUGAUUAAAAACACUUGUCUGCAUGGAGGUCAGACCUUCUCUGGUCAGGAUUUCCACGACGAUAAGUGGAACACCAUUGUUCGGUUCAACAAGUGUUAAUGACUGGUGAUAAUAAGGAACUUAAAGGAUGGUGUAUAUUCUACGACUCAGGGUGGAUGCCAC